AAGAUAUAUGGGCUUAACAUAAUGACCGACACUACAGGUCACAUAACUCGGCGUUACAACGUGAUAUUCGACGUGGCUUAGGGCGUAAUAGGAUUCAUAAAUAAAGUUCGAUCGGUUAUACAGUCGAUUAUCGCCGUGUUCACUCUAGUCAAAGACCGACUAUAAUUAAUGUCACGGAGGUGUUAUGAGCAAGCACUUUAUUUUAUCUGGAGUAUCCACAUACGAGUAAAAUGUAUCGCAAACAAGUAAAACCAAUUUCCAAACCACAGCAAAUAAUGAAAUUUUUAUUUAAGUACAAUAAGUUUUAGUCACUAGUACAAAAAUGUCUAGUUGAUACCAUUCUUUAUUACAAUUGCCUUACACAACAAUAACAACAACAAAUGACAUUCGUACUAUCGUUCGAUAUUCACACAGGUGCUGAAAUUCGAUUAUCAAUUGGAAAGUGACAGAUACAACACUAGUUACACAUUGUAGCGGUAAAUAAAUCCCCAAAACUAGUUGAUCUUUUAUUUUCUCCAAUGAGAAUGGAUGUGAACUCUUACAGGAGUAGACUUAUAAACGCAAUACGUCCAGUUCAACCUGUUUUACUAAAUAGUACAGGUAUUUUCGUACAUCACUAUUCAUUGCUACGACCUCGAGACGGUUAUGGAGGACCCUUAGCAGUCCUUCAUCGCAUACCUAAAUAUCGUAUCAUCGAUAAAAACCGAACUUGUGGUGAUGUCAGCAUUGGACUUCUUCAAGUCGCGUAUUUGAAGGCAAACUUCAUUGGCAUUUGACAACCGACCCAAAACAACGUGCUCUGAUAGAAGUUUGAAGUUUCAAGAACACUUGACUGACUAGUGAGAUACUGGAUAAAUGUUUGUCUUAUCACAGGGAGUGAGUUUUUUUGGUAAAUAAGCAACCAAAAUAACUACUGUGAAACCUCAGGACUGAUGUUGGCCUCAUUAAUUUUAAUGAGCACACCUAGACUCAGGGCGCUCGGUCACGUGUCCGCACCGAUCACGGGUAGGUAUGCCGUGCUACGCAUAGUAUGAAACUGCUAGUUAACUUUGACCAAGAGGUUCUCGAUGCAUUGCGAAAUUCACAAACAUAUCUUCGAACCCUCUUGUUUCUGAUUUGACUGGGUUGGUAUACUUUGGUUAUAAAGAUGUUACAUGUAACGGCUUUGUCACACUUCGAAUACUUCUCGCAUUUUAAAAUUUACAUCCUCUUAACUUCGUACAUAUUUUGUCGACAUGUCAUCUUUAGAAUCACAGUAAAUCAACAGCGUUUUAACUACUAUAUUCCAAACAUUUGUUAAUGCAUACAAGCGGCUAAACUGCAGUGGUAUUUAGGUUAUCCUGUACACUUACAGUACCUUGAGCAUACAACCUGUCGAGACAACAGAAAACGAAUCAGAGCCAUGUGAACUGGCGAACUACUGGCUGAAAUGUAAACGACGAGAUAUUGAUAUAUUUGUAGUAUACCGCACUUUAGAAUACUUACUCCUAAGCAAACCUAAAUCCUGGGGAAACAGGGGUAAGGGCCUUAUUGUAGGUGACUCGAAGAGGAAGCUCUGAAGUAAAAUCAUGAACAACAGCAUUUUAGUGUAAAUUAUUAGAAAACAUAAUUCCCUUAGCUUUGUUACAGUACGUUAGUAACCUCACCAGACAUGACCCAUAAAAAUUCUCGUCUCUCUUUCAUGUAGUCCUCACACAUAGUCAGUCAAAUAACCUUUUCACCUACUGCAGAAUCGAUUAUGCGAUUAUCUUAUUGAAGCUCAUAUCUGAGAUGGUCCGUCAGUUGCGCUGGCUCGUCCUAAGAUAUGGAAGGCAAACAUGUAAACGAUCAUAUCUGUAGCCUCGACUGAAAGCUGGAUAAUUGACUCAGGGACAUCGGUAGAACAGGUAUGAACCUAUAUUCGGCAGUUUCUCAAUCAAGUAACCCAACUACUUAUACCUUGGACAUUUCCGAAGAAGACGAUGCACGGCCGUCCCUGGAUAAGCCGGGAUAUUCAACGUUUACUAGGACGAAAUAAGGAAUGUUGGAACAAAGACAUCAAACUUAGCACAGCUUGUACGGUGGAAUGCUAAAAGUUGGGCCGAGCCAAGCGUAUAAAUACAAGCGGGGCAGCUCAGCGAUGAUUGUUAUUAUUCAUAAACAGCUUAUAGCUAUAUAAGUGGCGUGAAGAAACCAUUCAGAAAUGCAAUAAUACAUAAGUUCCAAUAAUGUUAGCAUAAUAUUUGCCCUAUCUAAAAAACCGUCUCCGUGUAGUUGAGAAGAAAAUCAAAUUGAAUUUUUUUGGAACCAUUUGGGAGGGUGUUAUUUCUACUCGCUGGGUAGAUUCUGUUUUCAUCUUUUUAUUACGUUUCAAGACUACUGUUUACACUUUAACUGGAUUUAUUUCGGUUAAAGCAUCCGGCUAGAGUAUCGUUUUUGUUUCUAAAGCAGUUUAUCGUCGGUACUUUUGAGUACAUUAUUCUCUAUUUUAUUUGUUAGUACUUCUAGUUCUAACAAUUUACAGUUUUCCACUUUCUCGGUCAUAGAUUGUUCUGUAUCUGGGCACUUUUGUAUCUACUUUCUUUUCAAAAAUCUCUGUUCGAUGACUGGGCAGUGCAAGUAAAGCAAUUGCCGAUAUCCCGUUUAAAGCUGCAUUCAAUGCGAUUGGUGCAAAGACUAGUACCACGAAGUUUACAUGAAUUUGACGCCUGCGGCUUUCAAGCGGUUUGGUACAAACGGUUGCGUAUGGCUUUGCCAGCAGUGCUGUUGGGACGCAAACAACUUGUUAACCGAGGCCAUUUCAAUUGUAAACGCUGCAAAAAUGUGUUUUAGCAAGAGAAGUCGCGAUAUAUCGAGCAGCACUCGCUCUGUCGACACGCAAAUUGGUGUGAAGCCACCUCAACUGAGCUCGCAAACAGCUGACUCGCAUCGAUCAAAGGAGGAAAGACCGUCUUCAAUGAGGUCUGUCUAAAUUAAAAACGCGAGAAAAGAAGUUUCCUCUGUCCUACGACCUCAAAAUGAGAUCCAGCAGGAGGUCCCUAAGAAUCGCAGUUGCAGGGCUCGAACAGUUUCUAGCAGGAAACACAGGCUGACUCCCCAAGUCGUUGACGACCAUUCGGAAUCCCACAUUAUGUUUGACGCCACUGUAGUUGCUACUCCAACCAAGGUUGACAUAUGGGUACAGGUUGGAAGCAUGAGACGACAUGACGAUGUAAAAAGGAAUCCUACCCCCAUGAAAGUAGUCGAGAAAUCGAAGGCUGAUCACAGUGACAGGUCAGUUUUUUCAUGGGAUCAGGGUGAGUGAAAGCUCUGAACUGAAACCUCGUUUUGAGCAUGACAUUGUUCUGAUAAAACAGGUACUUAAUCAAUUUGUGCCUCAAAAUAUCUCCGGAGUCACCUAGCUAAUUGUGUACAGACUAGGUAGUCAAGAGAAUUUGAAGCCUAAUCAAUCCAGACUGCUUAAAGUAGUAUUCAAAUCUUCGAAUGAACGCGCCUUUA